UUUAAUCUUACAUCGUCUGUUUCAUGGCUAUUUUCCUUAGCGGCAGCCAUUUUAUAUUUAGCUCUUUCCGGUAAGCGCCGCUACAAGAUGCCUUCCGUAACACUUAAGGACGUCGACCAACACAAAUUCGUGAAGGCCUUCGCCGCCUUCCUAAAAAAGACAGGAAAAAUGCGCGUCCCUGAGUGGGUGGACAUUGUCAAGUCUGCUCGUUUCAAGGAAUUAGCUCCAUAUGAUCCUGAUUGGUACUACGUCAGAUGUGCUGCCUUAGUUCGACACAUUUACAUUCGUAGUCCAAUUGGUGUUGGAGCUGUAACUAAGAUUUUUGGUGGACGUAAACGCAAUGGCACGCAUCCAAGCCAUUUCUGCCGAUCAGCUGGUGGUGUUGCUCGCAAGGCGCUGCAGUCCCUAGAACAGCUGAAACUCAUUGAAAGAGCACCAGAUGGUGGCCGCAAAUUGACCAGUCAAGGGCGCAGGGACUUGGAUCGCAUCGCUGCUCAAGUUAAAGCUAAGAGCAAGAAGCUAAAACUCCAGGACACCCUUGUACUCUAGACUCUGUAUUUGAAUAUUAAAAUAUAACAUCUCAAAAAUUGAAA